GGUCGGCGGCGGCGCCUCCGGAGGCCACGCGCACGCGCGCCGCUCCUGCCCGGCCCCCUCGCGUCCCCGCCGGCCGGAGCUCUCGGCGCCCCUCGGCCUCCCAGGCGGCUUCUGAUCCUGCGUGUCCCCGCCCUAGAGUCAGGAUGAAUGCUGAUCAAGUUGCUCUGGUUGGUCAAGUGUUUGAGUCCUAUGUUUCAGAGUACCACAGGAAUGAUAUUCUCCUCAUCCUGAAGGAAAGAGAUGAAGAAGCUCAUUUCUCUGUUGUAGUUAAUGCCAUGACCCUUUUUGAGACCAACAUGGAGAUUGGGGAGUACUUCACCGUGUUCCCCAAUGAAGUACUGACUGUUUUUGAUAAUGCACUCCGAAGGGCAGCCUUGACAAUUCUGCAGUCCCUUUCACAGCGCAAGGGUGUCUCCAUGAAACAGAAUCUUCAUGCCAGGAUAUCAGGUUUGCCUGUCUGUCCUGAGCUGGUAAGAGAGCAUAUUCCUAAAACCAAAGAUGUUGGACAUUUUUUAUCUGUCACUGGGACAGUGAUUCGAACAAGUCUGGUGAAAGUCCUGGAGUUUGAACGGGAAUACAUGUGCAACAAAUGCAAGCAUGUCUUUGUAGUCAAGGCUGACUUCGAACAGUACUAUACCUUCUGCCGGCCAUCGUCUUGUUCCAACCCAGGGAGCUGUGAUUCCUCAAAGUUCACUUGCCUCUCAGGCUUGUCUUCAUCCCCAACCAGGUGUAGAGACUACCAGGAAAUCAAAAUUCAGGAACAGGUUCAAAGGUUGUCUGUUGGAAGUAUUCCAAGAUCUAUGAAGGUUAUCCUAGAAGAUGACUUAGUAGACAGUUGCAAAUCUGGUGAUGACCUUACUGUUUAUGGGGUCGUAAUGCAACGUUGGAAGCCCUUUCAGCAAGAUGUGCGCUGUGAAGUGGAGAUAGUCUUGAAAGCCAAUUAUGUCCAAGUAAAUAAUGAGCAGCCCUCGGGAAUCAUCAUGGAUGAGGAGGCACGGAAGGAAUUUGAAGAUUUUUGGAAAUCCUAUAAGAAUGAUCCUUUUGCAGGAAGGAAUGAAAUACUGGCCAGCUUGUGCCCACAGGUGUUCGGGAUGUAUCUGGUAAAGCUUGCUGUGGCCCUGGUGCUGGCUGGUGGGAUUCAAAGGACUGACGCUGCAGGAACACGGGUCAGAGGUGAACCUCAUCUUUUGCUGGUUGGAGAUCCUGGGACAGGAAAAUCUCAAUUCCUCAAGUACGCAGCAAAGAUUACACCACGGUCUGUGCUGACCACAGGAAUCGGAUCCACUAGUGCAGGUCUGACUGUAACUGCUGUGAAGGACUCUGGGGAAUGGAACUUGGAGGCAGGUGCAUUAGUGCUAGCCGAUGCUGGCCUUUGCUGUAUCGAUGAAUUUAAUAGUCUCAAAGGACAUGACAGAACCAGUAUCCAUGAAGCAAUGGAACAGCAAACCAUAAGUGUUGCUAAAGCUGGCCUCGUGUGCAAGCUGAACACAAGGACCACCAUCCUGGCAGCAGCCAACCCCAAAGGCCAGUACGAUCCAGAGGAGUCUGUGUCUGUGAACAUUGCCCUGGGCAGCCCUCUCUUAAGUCGAUUUGAUCUGAUCCUGGUUUUGCUUGAUACCAAGAAUGAAGAUUGGGAUCAUAUAAUUUCCUCCUUUAUCCUAGAAAAUAAAGGUUACCCAAGCAAAUCAGAGAAGCUCUGGAGCAUGGAAAAGAUGAAAACCUACUUCUGCCUCAUUAGGAAAUUGCAACCCACACUGUCUGACGUAGGCAAUCAAGUCCUUCUGCGGUACUACCAAAUGCAGAGGCAGAGUGAUUGCCGGAGUGCCGCCCGGACAACCAUCCGCCUGUUGGAGAGCUUGAUACGGUUAGCAGAAGCUCAUGCCCGUCUUAUGUUUCGUGACACUGUGACCCUGGAAGAUGCUAUUACAGUGGUAUCAGUAAUGGAAUCUUCAAUGCAGGGAGGAGCACUGCUAGGAGGAGUGAAUGCUCUCCACACUUCCUUUCCUGAAAACCCUAGGGAGCAUUACCAGAGGCAAUGCACACUUAUUCUGGAAAAGUUAGAGCUGCGGAAUCUCUUGGUUGAAGAACUUAGACGACUUAAAAGACAAAACCUUGAAACUCUCUCUAACAUGAUGAUGGCUCGCAAGCUGUGUUCUGACAGAUGGGUACUUCCUCAGCUGUCACAGGCCUAUGGAGAGACUCCAGUCAAUGUGUGCUGUAAGUUAUCAAUGAACAAUCAUCAUUCUUCUGAACCGCGCCACACAGCAAGGCACUGUCUCUUCAGUGGUGCCUUAUUUCCUGGCAGUGUGGGAUGCAAAGCGUGUGCAGGAAGCAGUCGUACUGUGGUUUUACACCGGAGCUCAGGUUGCCGCUUAUGAAUAUGCAUGACGGGACUGCUGCUCUGGCCUCUUGAAUUUGCUUGAGCUUAACUUAACCCCCACAAACCCUUUUCCUGCCUAGCACUUCUGGAAGACGUUCCUUCAGGAAGUUUGAAAAAGUGAGUUGUUUCUCCAAUUGUGGAGCAUUUUGCAUUAUUGU